GCUUACAUUUAGGCAGAAAACAAGAGAGCGAGAGGGAGGAGAAUCAAGGUCUACGAGAAGAAGCUGAUAGGUCUACAAGGGCCAUCUGUCUCCGAAUAAAUCUUGUUGUCCGCAAUGAUGGCCGCAGAAAGUGUGAACCCUAAAGCGUACCCACUGGCUGAUGCACAACUCACCAUAACAAUUUUGGAUUUGGUCCAGCAAGCUGCCAACUUUAAGCAGCUCAAAAAGGGUGCUAAUGAAGCGACAAAGACACUAAACAGGGGAAUUUCUGAGUUUGUUGUCAUGGCUGCUGAUGCCGAGCCACUCGAAAUUCUUCUUCACCUUCCAUUAUUAGCCGAAGAUAAGAAUGUUCCCUAUGUGUUUGUUCCAUCCAAACAAGCUCUUGGCCGAGCAUGUGGUGUUACUCGAGCUGUGAUUGCUUGCUCAGUGACAAGCAACGAGGGAAGCCAGUUGAAAACUCAGACCCAACAACUUAAGGAUGCCAUUGAGAAGCUCCUCAUAUAAAAAUGGUGGAGUGGAGUCUAUUCAGCAUGAUGGGCCUCAUGAACUCUGCACUAAAUUAGGCUAUGAGGCUUUGACUGGCCAUGUUUACUCUGUUGAUCGUGUGCUUGUUUGUUUUAUGAAUUUCGUUCUUAAGAAGUUAAAGUGCGAUAAGAAUCUUUACUUUUCAUUAGGUAUUCUUCUUGUUUGCCAUUUCGCAUUGGUUGGAUAAUUACUAUGGUUACAACUGUUCUCCGGUAUCUAUUUUAGCACU